GCCGCAAUGCCAUGCCAUUCCAUUACUGCUGCCACCAUCAGAUUCCCCAACCUCACACCAUUAUUAUUAUUUGACCUGUUCUUUUCUUUUGUCCUAAACGGCACGUCGCUUACACGUUCUAGACAGACAGACAGACAGAAAGAGAGCAGAGCAGAGCAUUUACAUUUUAUUUUAGUUUCACUACUACAAACAUAAAACUAAAUAAAUUUGUCUCCCAAUAAAAUAAAAUAAAAAGAACAUUGAAGUAUUUAUUGGGCCGUUUCAAACCCUUUCCUCCUCCCCUUUCCUCUCCUCUUCAUGCUUGCUGUUUCUGCUCUCUCCCAAUUCUUAUUCCUCUUCCUUUUCUAAUAUAUAUGUUUUAUAAUCUCUUACAGAAAAUCCCGUUGAAAAUAUACAACAAGAAGGGUUGCUGCAAUUACAUGCUCCACAUACAUACAUACAUACAUACAUAAUAAAAGGGAGAUUUAAGUUUAAGAAACAAAUCGAUUUCUCUUCUCGAUCGGUUGGCCUCCUCAUUCAGAGGAAGUGGAUUUGGUUGUUGGAUCUGGCAGGCUAGAGAGAUCUGAGGAGAGUGUAUUACUACUAUUAUUAUAUAUAUAUAUAUAUAUAUAAAAAAAAAAGAGGAAAAAAAUGGGUCAUAGAGUGGAUCAUGAGUAUGACUAUCUGUUUAAGAUCGUGCUGAUCGGGGACUCUGGUGUUGGCAAAUCCAAUAUUCUUUCCAGGUUUACCAGAAAUGAAUUCUGCUUGGAAUCCAAAUCCACCAUAGGUGUUGAGUUUGCCACCAGAACUCUCCAAGUGGAUGGGAAGACAGUAAAGGCACAGAUUUGGGAUACAGCUGGUCAGGAGCGGUAUCGAGCUAUCACUAGUGCUUAUUACAGAGGAGCUGUUGGUGCUCUUCUUGUUUAUGACAUAACCAAGAGGCAAACUUUCGACAAUGUCCAGAGGUGGCUUCGUGAAUUAAGAGACCAUGCAGACUCUAACAUUGUCAUCAUGAUGGCGGGAAACAAGUCUGACUUGAAACAUCUCAGGGCUGUUCUAGAGGAGGAUGGUCAUGCCCUGGCUGAGAAGGAAGGUCUCUCAUUUCUUGAGACAUCAGCGCUAGAAGCCACCAAUAUUGAGAAGGCGUUCCAAACCAUAUUGACAGAGAUCUACCAUAUCAUUAGCAAGAAAGCACUGGCAGCCCAGGAAGCAGCUGCCAAUUCCACAGUUCCUGGUCAAGGAACCACUAUCAAUGUUGCCGAUGCCUCGGGGAACACAAGCAAAGGUUGCUGUUCCACUUAAAGCCACGCUUGAGGAGAGCAAUAAUUUUUUUUUCUUUUUGGAUUUUUGGCUGAGAGAGGGAGAAGACAUGUAAAUUACUCUUGACCUGGUAAACGGGUAUUUGUUAGAAGUUUCAGGAUGAAUUAUUAUUUCGUGUUUAUUUCUUGUAUUUUACCCUUAAAACUGGAAGCGUGGAACUGACUGAUGCAGGGAUGUAGAGUGUACUGGAAGAAACAGUGGUAUGGAACCAUAUAAUGAGCAAGUAUAUUACGAUCA